GGGCCCGCACGGCCGGCGUUCCGGUGCGCGCACGCGCCUCAGCCAAUCGCGAGCUCGCCCGCCCCCCGCGGCCGCGACGAGGCUGGCGCCGGGAAGAGGAAGAAGAACAUUCGCCCUCCUCCUCCCAGCGCGCGGGCGGCGGCGGCGGCGGCACCGGGGUCACGAACUCUGACCUUUCACUGACAAAAACAAUAACAAGGCCCCCCCGCCCCGCGACCCCGGCGGCGCCUCCGGGCCCGCCCCCGCGCCCCCCCUCGGCGUCUCGUCGCUCGCCCGCGGCCCCCCCCCGCCCCCGGGCUCCCGCCAGCCGCGCCGACGCCGGGAGCCCGGCCGCCCCGCGCCUGCCCUCCGCGCCGGGGGCCGCCCGCCGCCGACACGGGACCCGCGCCGCGGCCGCUUUGGCGCCCGAGCCGGAGGUACCGCGUACACAGACCUCUCGGCCGGAAUCUCCAGGGAUGACCAGCCCCUCUCCACGCAUCCAGAUAAUUUCCACCGACUCUGCGGUAGCUUCACCUCAGCGCAUUCAGAUUGUGACAGACCAGCAGACAGGACAGAAAAUCCAGAUAGUCACCGCGGUGGACGCCUCCGGUUCCCCCAAGCAGCAGUUCAUCCUGACCAGCCCCGAUGGAGCUGGAGCUGGCAAGGUGAUCCUGGCUUCUCCGGAGACCUCCAGUGCCAAGCAGCUCAUAUUCACCACCUCGGACAGCCUCGUCCCUGGCAGGAUCCAGAUUGUCACUGAUUCUGCUUCCGUGGAGCGUCUGCUGGGGAAGACUGAUGUCCAGCGGCCCCAGGUGGUGGAGUACUGUGUGGUUUGCGGAGACAAAGCCUCUGGCCGUCACUAUGGGGCUGUCAGCUGUGAAGGCUGCAAGGGUUUCUUCAAAAGGAGCGUAAGGAAAAAUCUGACCUACAGCUGCCGGAGCAACCAGGACUGUAUAAUCAAUAAGCACCAUCGGAACCGCUGUCAGUUUUGCCGGCUGAAAAAAUGCUUAGAGAUGGGCAUGAAAAUGGAAUCUGUGCAGAGUGAGCGGAAGCCCUUCGAUGUGCAGCGGGAAAAACCAAGUAAUUGUGCUGCUUCAACAGAGAAGAUCUAUAUCCGGAAGGACCUGAGAAGCCCCCUGAUAGCCACGCCCACGUUCGUGGCAGACAAAGAUGGAGCAAGACAAACAGGCCUUCUCGACCCCGGGAUGCUCGUGAACAUCCAGCAGCCCCUGAUCCGUGAGGACGGCACAGUUCUUCUGGCCACGGACUCCAAGGCUGAAACAAGCCAGGGCGCGCUGGGCACUCUGGCGAACGUAGUCACCUCCCUUGCCAACCUGAGCGAGUCCCUUAACAAUGGCGACACAUCGGAGAUGCAGCCGGAGGACCAGUCUGCAAGUGAGAUCACGCGGGCAUUUGACACCUUAGCUAAAGCACUUACUACCACAGACAGCUCCUCCCCGCCGAGCCUGGCUGACGGGCUGGACACAGGCGGCGGCGGCAGCAUCCACGUCAUCAGCAGAGACCAGUCCACGCCCAUCAUCGAGGUGGAGGGCCCCCUCCUCUCGGAUACUCACGUCACAUUCAAGCUCACCAUGCCCAGCCCCAUGCCGGAGUACCUCAACGUGCACUACAUCUGCGAGUCCGCGUCCCGCCUGCUCUUCCUCUCCAUGCACUGGGCCAGGUCCAUCCCGGCCUUCCAGGCACUUGGGCAGGACUGCAACACCAGCCUGGUGCGGGCCUGCUGGAACGAGCUCUUCACCCUCGGCCUGGCGCAGUGUGCCCAGGUCAUGAGUCUCUCCACUAUCUUGGCGGCCAUCGUCAACCACCUGCAGAACAGCAUCCAGGAAGACAAGCUUUCUGGUGACCGGAUAAAGCAGGUCAUGGAGCACAUCUGGAAGCUUCAGGAGUUCUGUAACAGUAUGGCCAAGCUGGAUAUUGACGGCUAUGAGUAUGCAUACCUUAAAGCUAUAGUUCUCUUUAGCCCGGAUCACCCCGGCUUGACCAGCACCAGCCAGAUUGAAAAGUUCCAGGAAAAGGCACAGAUGGAGCUGCAGGACUACGUGCAGAAGACCUACUCGGAAGACACGUACCGGUUGGCCCGGAUCCUCGUCCGCCUGCCGGCACUCAGGCUGAUGAGCUCCAAUAUAACGGAAGAACUGUUUUUCACGGGUCUCAUCGGCAACGUGUCCAUAGACAGCAUCAUCCCCUACAUCCUCAAGAUGGAGACCGCGGAGUACAACGGGCAGAUCACGGGAGCCAGUCUAUAGUGCCCUCGCCGGGGCCGCAGGAGCCUCGGGCCCGGACCCUUGCGCACUCACUGAUGGUACUUUGGUAUGUGCAAAUAUGUCCGAUGUGUUAGCCAUUUCCUGCCUGGUUUCUUCUCUGUUAAUCCCAGAAAAUAGCAACUAAAAGACUAGUAGGAUCACUUCCUGCCGUAAGAAAUGUUUUAAUGCCUUUUGAUGAAGUAGCAGGUUUUGGAACAAUCUUUUAACUCAAUUUGUACUUAGAAAUUCUCAAAGGGCAAAAAACGCAAACAGAAUUUUAUAAUAUCAGAGACUAGUAUUAAAACUAAAAGAACCUAAGAGAACAGUAUGUGUGUAUAUAUAUUAAAAAUGUCCUUGGAAUUAAUAGCUACUAAUUACCAGGGUAAUGAUAUUAGCACUUUCUAAGCACUUCUUACCGCUGGGGAUGUCACAGCGUCUUGCCUGUGCGCAGGGCAGGGGGGAAACUGUCUUGUGGAAACGCUGACGAUCUCUGUGAAAGCCAGUAGGGGCAGGAGACAAUCAUUCUGUGUGAGGGAGCGCAGGCUCCGUUCCUGUUGGGACGCACGCACUGGCGGUGUUGGGCUGAGUUCCCGUGAGCAGGGAGAACUCGGCCUGUCUGCAGCCUGCAGGAAGCGGGCGCUCGGCACCCGCCCCGGCUCCCGCCAGGCCGGAGGGCGCCACCUCCCCGGGGCUCCCCUGAUGACGGGCUUCCAGGAUCGGAUUGCAGCCGCCGGAGAGACCCCAAGGCACCCCCUCCACAUCCGGGAGACGGCACCUUCAGGCCGGCGCGCGAGGUGGGCGUUCUGAGCCUUUGCACAGAACUGCGGAAUGCGGCACGGGGCCGGCGCGUGUGAGGGCCCCGUCCCCCAGGAGGGACCUGCUGCGGCCUGGCCAGCGCCCAGCGAAGCUGAGAGCCAGGUUUGUGGUGACUGGCCGGCAGCCCCCCAAGCCACCGUCCCUUGGGCCCAGCCUUUGGACAGCGCAGCUGCAGACGCCCGCUCCUUGGAACAGCCCCCCGCCCCUCUCUCCCCGGGGAGGGAGGAGCUAGAGGAGAGGGCAGGGGCAGUGUGGCCGCGGCAGUCGGGCGCUUCCUGUCUGUUGAGGAGAGUCCAGAGGGGCCCGCCCAGGCCCGGGCGCAGCACUUUAUGGGGUCAGUGGCGGAGUGGAGGAAGGGAAAGGGCCUCCGGUCAAGGCCCCUUUGGAGCUAGAGGGAGGAGUGGGGGGCCCGUGAGCGAGGGGAAAGUCACGCUUCUCUCUCUGCCAGCUCACAGCGGUGGUUUUCUAGGUCUGAAGUGGCUGAAAUGUCAAGUGAAGACAAAAGCCAGAGCGGCGGCUUGGAGCAGGGCCGCGGUGUGCUUGGAGGCCGGAGCCUUGGAGGCCGGAGCGGGGCGCGUGGCGGUUCCCGUCCUCCCUCUCUGCCCCGAGCAGCCCCUCGCACACACACCCCGCCGGCACGUCCGAAGGCCCGUGCCCGCGCCUUUCCCGCCAGGCUCCGGGGGAGUCCCAGAGCCUCGGGGGGCUGAGCAGGCACCCAGGGGCCCGGGCUGUGCUGGGGACAGGUAAUAACCAGCAGGAUGCUGAGAAGGCUCAGACUGGGGCGUGCCGGGCUCCCGCACGCGGGCCGAGAGGGCUGGCCCUAGCGCGGCCUGUCCCUGCGUCCCUUCUCUGGCAGGGACUAGUUCAGUGGCCUCCCCGGGCUCGACACCCAUUAGUUUCCAGAUCCUUCUUGGCCUUACUCUGAAGUGACCUUUUCCUGAAGGAUCACGUCCUCCUCGCCCACGCCUUGGACUGCCGUCCCUCCCGCUGUUGUCAGACUGCCUGAGCGAGGCCCCCGGUCCAAAAUUCUUCCAAGGGACCGCAACCAGUGCUCAGUUCGACUUUUCAGACACUCAGUGAAGUCAGACUCGCCCUCUGCCCCAGGGCAGUAGCCUCCCUGGCCCCGCCUCCCUGCUGACGCCCGCCCCCCGCUGAUAAUGCUGCAGCUUUUGUUGAAAUUUGUGGAAAAUAAUGGGACAGAAUCAGAUACUAGGACAGGAAGAGGCUUAGAAAACGACCAAAUUACUUAAGCAAAUAGUACUUUUUUACUGUUAUUCCUGGGAAGUUUUUUAGGAAGUACCUUAACAUCCCCUCAUUCGAGAUGUGUGUGUGUCUGUCGGGGAGGGUUGUGUUAUUUAUUAUCUGACUGAGGCUGUUGUUGGGGGUUUUCUUUCUUCGGGUUUUCAUAUUUGGUUUCGGGUGAUGUUGUGUGUAAGACGCGUUCUGUGGCUGCCCUCAGAGGGCCUGUCUCCUUGUGUCAGUAUUAAGUGGAGGGUCUGGGCAGCGCUUGGCUCCCCGACUGUGGCGGCAGCUGGCUCAGGAGCCGAGGGAUGGCGCCACCCGGCAUGCAGACUUGGCCGCUGGGAAACGGGGUUCUAGCUGGACGGAGUGCUUUCACUCCAGGCAGAAAGGGGGGAACCGUGUACCCGGACCUGAGAGGGGCCAGAGCCUGCCCAGAGCCUGCCCAGAAGCUGCGUGCCCAUUCCCAGUGGAGCUGUUCUGUGUGCGGUGGGCCGUGGGCGACAUCUCAGUGUCUUAGCCCAGGUCUUGACAAGUGUCACUUUUGACCAGGCGCUGGAUUGCGUGGCUUCCGGAAUGCUCUGACUCAGAGCCUGGCUUCUACGGCCAACCCCAGCCGAGAGGGUGGAGUCUUUGGUCCACAGGGUCUGGCCUCCUGUCUUGAGCACGUCUGCGCGUCCAGCCCUGGGUCCCUCCCGAGGCCCCGUGUACAGACCUCUGGGCCGCCUGACUGAUGAAUGUAUGUGUGUUUAUAGCUCGACGAAUGUACAGUGUAUAUAACUUAUGUGUACAUAGGUGUAUAUUAUGUAUACAGACAUGUAGCCAUGUACCCAAACUUCCCUCACGGUGGAGUGUAUGAUUGGGUCGCGCGGGGCGAUGCUGUGGAGGCCCCGAGCUCCAGGGCUGGGAAAGGCCGUGUGUCACACGCUCUGUCAGGGAAAGCUCGAGACAGAAAAGGCCCUAACAGGAUGACACUCUUCUCUGGGGUUAAACGGGCCAGGCGCUGCAGGGGUGCAGUAUACCCUCGUGCCCCGACGAGCUGCCCCGCCAGGGAAGGUGUGCUGGGGGGACCCCCUGCCGCUGACUCCGAGCGGCGUGUACUCCUGAGAGCAAACCAAGUCUAAUGCCAGUUGAAAACCGUCACCUACCAAGUAUUCUUCCAAACAAGCAUGAAUGUGGAUGGCCAACUUACGGCAUAUAAGCUACAAAUCCUAAAUUACUUUGCUAACUGUAUCGCAUGUGAGUAAAAUCUACUACUUAACUCCUUUCCGUAAAUUAGGUAUUUUUUUUUCCCAAAAUUAAAAUUGCGUUUUUAACAUGAAGAUGUAUGCCCUUAAAGCUACAGAUGCCAAAUUUUCCCCGUCCAGAUGUAUUCUGAUGAAUUCCCCCUAAUCGGGCUGAAACUGAGACACGGCCCUCGGGAGGCAGGGCCCCGCCCUGGUAAGCAGGGCCCGACCAGCGGAGGGCGAGAGCUGGCCGGCAAGCCCAGCGCGGAGCGAGCUGCAGACGCCCACGGCCACCGUCGCUUUUGUGCUCCGUGAGCUAUUGAAAGGUUCCCAGCCGCCUCAUUGAGACCAUAGUACUCAGUGCCUUUGUGAGACGUGGGUCACUUCUCCCGCCCUCCCCGCCCCCGAUGGGAAGGAAAGCUCCAGCUGUUUCUCUGGCCUCGUCCAGCUGUGAUUGUUCGACCUUUCCCGUGUCCCUGCCUGUCGCGACAAUCGCACUGUUGAACACAGCUUUCCAGCUGAAAUACAAGCGGAAGCACCGCAGACUUCUUCCUCUGGGGCGCUCUGUCUUAACAGCAACCUGAGCAUUAAACUGUGAGCUUACAAAAAGCAUCCUGGGUGGGGUGGGGGCGGGCGGGGGGGGAUUUGUAAGACCCAGCUGUACGUUCAGUUAAGAAGCCUUAACUGAAAUUUUGGUGUUUCCAUAUUUAUACAUACGGCGUAGAAGAAACAUUGUUAAAUGCUGGAAAAAAUAUUCAGCAACAUUUAUCAAAUGACAGACUUUGAUAAAGUUUAAUCUUUGGAUAACAUUGGGAAUAAAUAGACUUUACAUUAAAAAUGGUUUCCUUUAGGAGAGUAAUUAUUUUACUGACCGGAGCGUUGAUGACGCAGACGCUGCCGCCUCUCCCAGCUCAAGUGCCGGGCUGUCUCCUCACAGCCUCUCUGGUCCCCGCUCCCGUAACCAGUGUUCAACUAGUUUUAUAACAGAAAAAGCUGCACAUUUUUCAUAGUACAGACCAGUUUUUACCUGUAGUUGGGACCUCUGGUAAAAUGUAGCUGCAUUACAGCUCUUUUGAAAGAUGUCUGUUAAAAGGAAAAUUCAUUCAGGUGUUGGAUUUUCUUGGGACCGUUUCUGUAACCUUUUCCCUUCACAAUAUAUUGUUUAUGCCAUUGCAUUUUAAUUCCAGGUUUAAAAUCUGUUCAAAGCUGUAGCUUGAAAUCAGCUUUGUUUAUGUGAUGGCAUUUAAAAAGAAAAAAAAAAAAAGCAUGUUCUUUUUAAACUGAAUUUUAUAUCUAAUCAUUGUCUUCAGUCCUGAAGAAGAAUUUGCAUUGUUGUGUUUGUAUAUAGAGUAUUGCAGUGCAUGAAUUAGCUUUAUGCAUUUUAUUAAAUGCUGUUUCAAUGUGGCAUUACUGUUGUGGCUUAAUACUACUACCUAAACGAGGUUUAUACUAUUAAAAGUGAAUUAAAGA